AUGGCUCCAACACCUGUUUCUUCAUUAGUUCAUUCAUCUACAUUAGUUACAGCAGGAAUUUAUUUAUUAAUUCGAUAUGUUGAUUUAUUAGAAUUUAAUUUUAAAUGUUUUAUUAUAUUAAUUUCAAGUUUAACUAUAUUAUUUGCUGGUUUAGUAGCUAAUUUUGAAUUAGAUAUAAAAAAGAUUGUAGCUUAUUCAACUUUAAGUCAAUUAGGAUUUAUAAUAAGAAUAUUAUCAAUUGGUUCAACUGAGUUAGUUUUUUUACAUUUAUUUAUUCAUGCUAUAUUUAAAUCAUUAAUAUUUAUAUGUGUAGGAAGAUACAUGCAUUAUAUAAAUAGAAAUCAAGAUAUUCGAAUUUAUUAUGGUAUAUAUUAUAUUUAUCCUUUAAAAAGAAUAAUUUUAAUUUUUUCAAUUUUAAGAUUGUGCGGAUUUCCAUUUUUAGUUGGAUAUUAUUCUAAAGAUUUAAUUAUUGAAUAUUUUUUUAUUAAUAAAAUAGUUUAUUUUUCAGUAGUAAAUUUAAUUGUUGGAACUAUUUUUACAGUUUCAUAUUCAUUUCGAAUAAUUUUAGUUUUAACAAGAAAAUAUCUAAUAAUAAAUGUUAUUUAUUUAAAAGAAGAUAAAAUUAUAGCAAUUUCUAUAUCAAUAAUAAUAUUAUUAAGAUUAUUUUAUAGUAAAUUAAUUUUUAAUUCAAUAAAUUUUAAUUUGGUAAGAAUUAAUAUAUUAUUAGUUUAUAAAUUAUUAGUAUUUAAAAUAAUAAUUUUAGGAAUAAUUAUAGGAUUUAAUUUUUAUAAAUUUAUUUUAUUUGAAAAUAAGAUUGGUUUAUUUUUAAUAUCAUUUUUAUUUAUAAAUAUAAUUUAUAAAUUUAUUUAUAAAAAAGUUAUUACAAUAAUAUUUGAUUAUGAGUUAUAUAUUGAAAAAUCAAUUGUUGAAAUAUUAUCAAGUAAAUUUACAUUAUUAACAUUAGGAAUUCAUAGAUUAAAGAUUCCAAGAUUAAUAAUUAGUGUAUUUUUUACUUUUAGAGUUUAUACAAUUUAUUUAUUAGUUUUUAUAUUAAGAUUGAAAUAAUAAAUUA